AUGACAUUCUGGAAAAGUAAAACACUACCAUCACCAAAAUCAAACACAUUAAUUCCUGAAGCAAAUGCAAACGUAAUUUCAAAGCUUAUAUUUUGGUGGGCAGGAAAUAUAAUGAGGAUAGGGUAUAAACGCCCUUUGGAAAAAGAUGAUCUUUAUGUUUUGAAUGAUCCCAAACAAGCUAAAAACGUAACUGAUGAAUUUGAAAAAUCUUGGGAAAAGGAAUGUACACGCAGUGAUGGAAAAAAUCCUUCCUUAUUAAGAGCUCUUAAUCGUACUUUUGGUUUCAAGUUUUGGAUUUCGGGCAUUUAUCGUUUUUUGAGUGAUACCUUACAAGUUGCAUCACCUUUAUUUGUUCAGCUAUUAUUGAAAUUUGCUCAAGAAUCGUGGAUGAACAAAGAUAAUCGGGAAGCUUCUCCUAAUUCAUCCACCGGAUUCUUAUAUACUGUAAUCAUAUUCGUAUUGCAAAUGGGCUCAACAUUUUUUGUCAAUUUAUACUUUUACAGUUCCAUGGAAGUAGGUUUUUUGGUUAGAACUGCAAUGAUCACUGCAAUUUAUCGCAAGGCUAUGGUACUAAGUGGAAAGGCACGUAAUGCAUUUACCACGGGAAAAAUAACGAAUUUGAUGUCAACCGAUACUACGCGUCUUGAUUUUGUCAGCGGUUACUUUCACGUGUUAUGGGCUGCGCCAAUCCAACUUUGUAUAGCCCUCGGCAUAUUGAUUAAAUACCUUGGCCCUUCAGCCUUGGCGGGAUUUGGAUUUUUAUUUAUAAUGACCCCAUUUCAAGGAAAAGUUAUGCGUACUUUGGGAAAAACGCGCUCAAAAGCCGCCAAAAUUACCGAUGAACGCGUAAAGAUUACUCAGGAAGUUUUACAGGGUAUUCGAGUUAUUAAAUAUUACGCAUGGGAAGAAAGUUUUUUGGAAACGUUGAAUAAUUUAAGGGAUAAAGAAAUGGGUUACGUUAGAUUAUUAUUGAGCAUGAGAGCUGGUAUCACUGGUGUUACUCUAGUCAUCCCGGUGUUUGCAAGUAUAAUAGCUUUUAUAGUGUAUUCGCUUUCUGGAGGAGAACUUAAAGCGGAAGUUAUAUUUCCUUCUUUGGCUUUGUUUAAUAUCAUGAGAUUGCCUUUAAUGUUUUUGCCCAUGGUAAUUGCUGCAGUCACCGAUGCUUGGGUAUCUGUGAAACGUAUUCAAGAAUUGUUCGUGGCCGAACAAUUGGAUUAUUUACCAAAAGUUAAUCCAGAUGGGGAUUAUGCCAUUAAAGUAGAUGAUGGUGAAUUCAUUUGGGAAAAUAAUGAGACGGCAAAUGUUUCAAUCAUAACACCCAUGGAUUCUGCAGAACACAUGGCAAAUGUCACAACACUAACUCCUUACUCACACCUUCGAAACAUAAAUCUUUCAAUACCUCGUGGUAAAUUUGUUGCCGUUGUAGGAACUGUGGGUAGCGGUAAAUCAUCUUUGCUGUCAGCGUUAGUUGGUGAAAUGAAAAAGGUACACGGAGAAAUUGAAUUUGGAGGGAGUGUUGGAUAUUGUCCUCAAACUUCUUGGAUUCAAAAUGCAACUCUGAGAGAUAACAUUAUUUUUGGUUUGCCUUUUAAUGAUGAAAGGUAUCAUAAGGUUAUUAAAGAUUGUUGCCUAGAACCAGAUUUGGCCAUGUUGCCUGAUGGCGAUUUGACUGAGAUUGGAGAGAAAGGAAUUAACCUGUCAGGGGGUCAGAAGCAACGUGUCAACAUAGCUCGCGCAGUUUACUAUGAUGCAGAUAUCGUGUUGUUAGAUGAUCCUUUAUCGGCCGUAGAUUCACUUGUUGGAAAUCAUCUUAUUACAAAUUGCAUUAAAGGCGCUCUUAAAGAAAAAACACGUAUCCUUGUCACUCAUCAUUUACACGUGUUGCCUCAAGUGGAUUAUGUUAUUUGUAUGGAGAAUGGUAAAAUAGCAGAGCAAGGUACUUAUGAAGAAUUAAUGAGGGAUGGAAAAGCAUUUGCAAAAUUAAUUGAAGAAUAUGGCGAAGCUGAAGCGGAAGAAGAAAUUGAUGUUGAAUCAGCAGAUGAAAAAGUAGUUAAAAAGGAAAUGAGCACGGGUGUCGUUGCACCUGUAAAGGCUUUAAUGACCACAGAAGAACGCUCAACUGGUUCGGUUGAUAACACGGUUUAUUUUGCUUAUGUGAGAGCUGCAGGAGGAUAUUUGUUAUUACCUCUUCUUUUUUUUUUACUCGUAAUGAUGCAAGUUACUAAUAUUGGUCAAAAGUUUAAUAAUAUGUCAAAAGAAACAUAUAUGGGAAUUUAUUUGGCAUGGGGAAUUUCUCAGGGCAUUUUCAGUUUGUUAGGUGGUCUAAUUUUCUCAUAUGCUGGUUCUAAAGCUGCAAAAACUUUACAUAGAAAUUCUAUUAAAAGAGUUUUACGAGCUCCAACUAAGUUCUUUGAUACAACUCCGUUAGGAAGAAUUAUUAAUCGAUUUAGUAAAGAUAUUGAUACAUGCGACAAUUUACUUUCUGACACUUAUCGCAUGUUCCUUAGCACUCUAACGUCUGUGAUUGGAACAUUUAUUUUAAUCAGCAUUAUAUUCGUAUACUUCCUUAUUCCUUUGGUUCCGCUUUUGGCAUUAUAUUACUUUGUUGCUAUAUAUUAUCGAUCCACAAAUCGUGAAUUGAAACGUCUUGAUUCCGUUUUGCGUUCAUCUCUUUAUGCACAUUUCUCGGAGUCAUUAACGGGGUUACCUACGAUUCGAGCUUAUCGUGAACAAGAUCGAUUUUUAAGAACGAAUGAGCAAUUUGUUGAUAUUGAAAAUAGGGCGUACUUCCUUAUAAUCGUUGUCCAACGUUGGUUGGGUAUUCGACUUGAAUCAAUUGCAAACACAUUAAUAUUCUUUACAAGUUUAUUUUCUGUUAUUGGAAGAUAUAACGUAAACCCUGCGAUUAUUGGUUUGGUAUUAACUUAUGCACUUCAAGUUACUGGUACUUUCAACUGGUGUGUCAGGCAAUUUGCUGAAGUGGAAGCGAAUAUGAAUGCUGUAGAACGUCUUGUAUAUUAUUCAGAAUCACUGGAUGUUGAAGCUGAACCAAUAAUUUUAGAUCAUAGACCACCGUCAGAAUGGCCCGUUAAAGGAGAAGUACACGUUAAAGAUUUGGUGAUGUCUUAUGGACCUGACCUUCCACCCGUCCUAAAGGGAGUUACAUUUGAUAUCGUCCCAUCAGAAAAAGUUGGUAUUGUUGGAAGAACUGGCUGUGGUAAAUCAACAUUAGCGACAUCUUUCUUUCGAUUUAUUGAACCAAUUUCAGGAAAAAUUGAAUUGGAUGGCAUUGAUAUUACUACCAUCGGUCUUAAAGAUCUUCGAAGCAAAAUCACUAUUAUUCCGCAAGAUCCCGUUUUGUUUAACGGCACGUUAAGGAGCAAUUUGGAUCCUUUCAAAGAGCAUGAUGACGCAACAUUAUGGAAUUCACUUCGAAGAGCUCACUUAAUUCAAGAUGAUGUAGAUAAUGAAAAUACAGAUUCCACAUUUACCGAAUCGUUAAACGAAAAAUCACCCGUGACAAAUGUUUCGGUACCACAACAAAGCAAACAAGAAGCUUUGACACUUGAUUCACCUGUCAACGAGAAUGGAAGUAAUUUUUCACAAGGUCAACAACAAUUAAUAGCGUUAGCAAGAGCAUUAGUACGACAUUCUAAAUUAAUUAUAAUGGAUGAAGCAACAGCUAGUGUGGAUUUUAAGACUGAUCAUUUAAUUCAAACUACAAUAAGAGAAGAAUUUAAAGAUUCGACGGUAUUAACCAUUGCUCAUCGAUUAAGAACCGUUGCUGAUUAUGAUAAAAUUUUAGUCAUGGGUAUGGGAAUGUGUGAAAGAAGUGGCGAACUUGAUGAAUUAUUAGAAGUUGCUAAAGAGAAAUAUGAAAGAGAUCAAAAAGAAAAAGAUCAACGAAAAACGUGA